UUGUUUACACUCGCACCCGGAGAAGAGGGAAGAGAAAACGAAACGAUGUCGAAGUGGGGAAAGAGGAAGCAGAGCUACGCCUCAGACGGCGACUCCGACGACCACGCGUCAUCCAAGAAAUCCUCUAUGAAAGACUCCGAUGACCCCGACAAUAUCAUCGUCUGCGAGAUUUCGAGGAACAGGAGGGUUUCAGUGAGGAACUGGCAAGGGAAGGUUCAGGUGGAUAUUCGAGAGUUCUACGUCAAAGAUGGCAAGCAAAUGCCUGGCAAAAAAGGUAUCUCACUAACCAUGGAUCAGUGGAAUGUUCUUCGAGAUCACGUCAAUGAAAUUGACGAGGCAGUUGCUGACAAUGCUUAGGGUGCUAGCAUAUUGUGGCUUCUUGUUGAUAUCUACUAUAGAAAUGCUGUGAAUGCUGGAUUGUAUUGCCCUGUUUUUUGGCCAUGAGAGAAUGGUGAUGAAUUUGAGUGAGAAAAUGGUGUUCAUGUUUUGUACUUAGGAUUUAACCAUACUAACUAUACUCUUUUCUGGUUUGGAAUUGGGAGUAAGUCUGCUAUAAUGGAAGUAAUGUGAUGCUUUGCUCUCAUUUAUCACUCAA